AUGGCUGCUAAUAGAUUAUCUAGAGAAUAUAAAAACUUGGAGGGGAAAUUUCCUAGCAAUAUUAUUGCUAGGCCAGAAACUAGAAAUUUGCUUAUUUGGCAUUUUGUAUUAUAUGAUUUUCCAGCUGAAACCCCUUAUUUCGGUGGUAUAUAUCAUGGUAAACUAAUAUUUCCUAAAGAGUAUCCAUACAAAGCACCUUCAAUAUAUUUUUUGACACCAAAUGGCCGAUUUACCACAAAUACUAGACUAUGCUUUUCUAUGUCAGACCAUCAUCCAGAGUCAUGGAACCCAUCUUGGCGAAUAGAAACUAUACUGCAAGCCAUACUAAGUGUUAUGACUGACUCUAUAGAACAACCCAUGAUUGGUAGAGAAAUUAGAGGGCCCAAAGAAAGAAAACAUUUAGCUAUUUUAUCAUACAAAUUCAACUUAUCAAACAAGGUAUUUCUUGAACUAUUUCCAGAAUUUUUGAAAGAUGGACACUAUGAUCCUAAUAUAGGAUAUUUUUACAAACUGCAAAAACCCUCAAAAAAGGGUAACCCGAGAUUAAUGAAAUCUACUUUUGUCAUUUUUAUUGUGCUAUUUUUAAUACUUAUUCUAUGUCACAUUGAAAUUCCUACUUUUAUGAAGUUAAUAAAUAGAAUUAUUUGGACUUUACUAUCUCAUUUUGAGUGA